AUGCUCACUAUCGAAGGCCAUACGAGGAUAGUGAUGGCUGUGUGCUUCUCACCUGACGGCCGACGCAUCGUCUCCGCGAGCUGGGACGAUACAGUCAGAAUGCAGGAUGCUAUCACAGGCUCCCACCUGCACACACUGGAAGGACACACGGGUGCAGUCCGAUGUGUGGCUGUCUCGCCGAAUGGCAAGUACAUCGCUUCAGGUUCCAACGAUCGGACCAUCAUCAUUUGGGACGCCGUUACUGGCGGGCACCUCCAUGUGCUGAACGGUCACAUCGACGAUGUCAACACCGUGGCCUUCUCCCCGGACGGUCAAGUUCUUGCCUCCGGCUCCGAUGACCACUCGAUACGACUCUGGGACAUUGGUGACAAGAAUAUUGGCUUGUCCAGAAUCCUGUCUCCCGCACACGACUCUGUUGUCUGGUGCGUCAGGUUUUCUCAAUCUGGAAAACUGCUAGUCUCCGCUUCAUGGGACGGCACAUGCAAGGUCUGGAAUUCAGGCGCCUGGACAUGCGGCGUACAAUCCAAUAAUCACCCUGAACACGCUGGCAGGACAUACUCCGUCGCUAUCUCACCUGAUGAAACCAUUUUCGCUUCGGGACUCGGAAAGGGGGGUAACACCAUUCUUCUGUAUUCUACCGUCGACGGCCACCGUUUGCGCACACUGCAAGGCCAUACAGACAACGUGGUGUCUCUCGAUUUCUCCCCAGACGGCACCACACUCGCCUCCGGCUCGACAGACUGUAGCAUCGUCCUGUGGGAUGUCGCAUCUGGCUCAACCCUCUACGCAUUGGGAGCGCAUUCCGAUCAGGUGUGCGAUGUCAGGUACUCCCCCGAUGGCCGGUGGAUAGCUAGCUGCGGCCGUGACCAAAGAGUCCGCGUUUGGGACCUGGCCCUUUUGCUGGUCGAGAAGGGGCAUACACCCCGCUCCUCCAUUGUACGCUCAGUGAUCUUUUCGCCCGACGGUCGCAUUCUUGCUAGCGGCUCCCGAGAUACCACGAUCCGUCUAUGGGAUAGUGCCAGCGGUGUUCAGCUACGGAUGUUCAAAGGUCAUCAAGGUGCUGUCUCGUACCUAUCGUUUUCUCCCGACGGAAAAAAGCUGCUUUCAUCUGAGCGCAUGCCCGAGGAUGAUGGGGCCCCUUCCAGCCUUCGUUUGUGGGACGUGAAGACGGGUCGCUGUGAACAGACGUUCACCGGGCAUGAAGGCGGCGUACUGAUGGCGAAAUUCUUUCUGGACGGGGAACAAGUAAUCUCGUGUUCAUUGGACAACACCGUCCGUGUUUGGGAAGUUAGC